AUGAAUGAGAUUAUAGUUGGAUCGAAGUAUCGCAUUAAGAAAAAGCGUGGAAGUGGCAGCUUUGGUGAUAUAUAUGCUGGAGAGCAUAUUAUCACCCUUGAAGAAGUUGCCGUCAAAUUCGAGUCCGUUGAUAAUAUUCCUCCACAAUUGCUUUGCGAAUCGAAAAUUUACAAAACAUUGAGGGGAGGCGUUGGAAUUCCUGAUAUAAAAUGGUAUGGUGUUGAAGGAGAUUACAAUGUAAUGGUUAUUGAGCUUUUAUCUUCGACACUUGAAAACCUUCUUGAUGAAUGCCAACGCAGCUUUUCUCUUAAAACAGUUCUCAUGAUUGCCGAUCAAAUGCUAUCGAGGAUUCAAUACAUACAUAACAAUGGAAUCUUGCAUCGUGAUAUCAAACCAGAAAACUUUAUGCUAGGAACAGACAAAGAUCAAAAUAUCAUUUAUUCUAUCGACUUUGGUCUAUCCAAAAGGUAUAUAGAUCCUAAAACAGGAAAACAUAUACCUCAAAUUGAUGGAAGAACUUUGCUUGGUACUGCCCGUUAUGCCUCCCUUAAUACUCACAGAGGCAUUGAACAGAGUAGACGUGACGAUUUAGAGAGUAUCGCUUACGUAUUAAUUUAUUUAUUAAAAGGAUCACUACCAUGGCAAGGCUUCAAAGAAGAAAAUCGUACAAGAAAGCACCAAUUAAUCUACGAUUGCAAAUUAAAGACGACUCCGGAAGAAUUAUGCAGCGGAUUACCAGUUGAAUUUUGCAAUUUCUUAACUUCAGUUCGUGCACUUGGUUUCAAGGAUGAUCCUGAUUAUGUCAAGUACAGAGCCGACUUUAGAGCUCUUUUCGAACGCCAAGGAUUCGUUUACGAUUACAAAUACGAUUGGGUUCUCAAAGCAGAGCUUGUACGUGCAUCAGAUACACGCUCGAUGUCAACAGAUACUCUUGUUACAACACCAUUGAUGACAGAAUCUCCAGGAAUCUCAGCACAACCAAGUAAUUUGCAAACAAAGCUUUUAACAUCCGGUUCGUCAGCAUCAGUACAAUUGAAUAUGAAAGGAAAUUUCAACCACGUACGAACAGCAACACCUCUUAUUACUAUUGCCCAACAAAGUCAUCCUCAAACUGGAGCUCUUAAGACUUCUGCGACAAUGGGUCAAAUGCCAACAAGGCAGAAGAUUUCUCCGCAGACUUCUUUGCUUUGGGCUAUGAAAAAUGGGCAAUUUAACCCCCCAAGAAAACCUUAA